GUGAAAGAUGGCCCCACGCAGUGACUUCCAAGCGCUUCAGCAUCUCGGCUAUGUCAUGGACUUGUACUGGGAGUUUUCGACGAUUGCAUCGCUUGACUUGAGCUGACAUUGACGUCUUUACUUAUACCAGAAGGCUACUUAACCUCUUUUGAAUUUGCUCAUCUUGACUGUGGCCUGGGAAGGAUCCAGGCCUUGAUAUCUGAAUUGCUACAGGAUAGACUCAGUUACAAUGGAAGCUGCAGGAGAUUAUGAAAGUGUGUUACUAGUCAAGAAUGAAGUCUUUGUCUACAAAAUCCCACCAAGAACCACCUCUCGAGGCUAUAGGGCUGCAGACUGGAAUUUGGGGGCCCCAGACUGGACUGGACGUUUGCGCUUGGUUGUGAAGGGAAAGAAGUGCUUUUUGAAGCUAGAAGACAAAAUCAGUGGCCAACUGUAUGGUCAAUGCCCCAUUGACCAAUAUCCUGGCCUUUCUGUGGAAUCUGUUCUUGAUUCUUCCAGAUAUUUUGUCAUCCGAAUUCAAGAUGACUCAGGUCAGGUUGAUUUCAAUGAUCUUUUCAACAUGUGCUUCAAAGAUGAAGUAUUUGUGUGGAGUACUUUGUUUUGCAUGAAACUUGUGAAGCUAGUGUUAUUUAUUUUAUGCAUAAAAGCUAGUCGCACGGCCUUUGUGGGAGUAGGCUUUGCCGAUCGCUCAGAUAGCUUCGACCUCAAUGUCGCCUUACAAGAUCAUUUCAAAUGGGUGAAGAAGUCAGAAGAGCUGGAACAGGAGGAGAAGGGUGAAAAACCUGUUCCAUCAUUGGACCUUCAGUUCAAGGAGGGCCAGACCAUCAAUAUCAAUGUCAAGAUUGCGCAAAAGGAAGGAAAUGAGCUGGAGAAAGGAAAACCAAAGCAGCAUGGAGCCAAUACAGGGAUACUCCCACCUCCACCAGGUGGAGUGAAGCUCCCACCUCCACCAGGAUUAUCUCCAUCUCAUCGUCCCCAGUUAGCAUCAGUACCAAAGAAUCCAUUUGAAGACAUGGUCUCCUCGUCUGGUACCUCAGACUGGGGUGAUUUCACAUCUGCCUCAGCGUGA